AUGCAGGUGCAGGCGGCCGAAAAGAAUCCUCUCGAGGCAUCCGCCGGAGAGGCAGAAGAUGCGCCGCUCCCGGCGCCGGGCCCCAAGAAGAAGCAGAAGUCCGAGCUCUUCAAAGCCCCGGAGGCCGCCGAGGUGGUCGAGAUUGCGCGAACGCGGAACCUUUACAAGUCCAACCUCUUCCGGCUGCAACUGGAGGAGCUCAUCAAGGAGAUGACGCCCAAGAAGCCGCCGCCGGGACUGGAGGCAGCUCUGCAUGCUCUGCGGCCACUGCUUCUGGAGAAGCUCCGGGCCAGAGACAUUCCGGCGGACUUUGCCCAGGAGUUCCCGACGCUGCGCUUCGCGCAGCGGGGCGGAGCGGCUCCCUCGGCGCUGCGUUUCACGGCACCAAGGCGUAUCGACGUUGUCGGCAGCUUUUUGCUUGGGACGUACACGAAAGAGGAGCUCACUGUGGAUGUGGCAGUUGAGAUGCCCUCAGACAUGUUCCGAUCCAAGGAUUACCUUAACUUCCGGUACCACGACAAGCGCGCGGCCUACCUCGGGGAACUGCACCGGCAGCUCUGUGGUGGGCUGCUUCGAGGCUACCGCAGUCUGUUGAGGAGAUGCCCGCGAAGAGCAGAGGGUGACGUUUUGAUCCCGAAGUUUACAUUUCUCUUUGCGACGGAUCCGCCGAACGUUGUGGAGCACUAUGACGACUGCUUUGCGGCAAUGCAGAGCCGUUUCCCUGAAAGCCAGAUGAUCGUUUUCGAGCUGCCUGGAUUCGGGAUGUCACACUCGGCACGAGCUUCGAUGGAUGAUUUGGCACGCGAUUUGAGCGAGUUUGUUGAGAAGGUCAAGCACGAGUUUGCCUCCGGGUCUAGGCUGGUACUGGUGAUGCCAUGCGUCAGCGCCUUGUUCUCUCCUGUUUUGCUUCGGGACCUUCCUCAAGGCACCGUAGAAUAUUUGGUGGUGGUGCAGUGCGCAGAUUAUGCAGGGGAGCUGAGCUGGGCCAACGGCGUGAACGCUGGGGGCAUGUUGUCACUUCCAAUAUUGGCCCGAUUGUACAACUACCUGAAUGCCAAGGCCAUCAGUGCCAAUUGGUACAAGGCCACAUUUCCCAAACGUGGCAGCUAUCUUGAGUGUUCCGGCUGCCGAAUGUCAGCUGUGUUAGACGCAGAGGGUUCCUUGGAGCAUGGAGCCGUUGAAGCUCGGUCAUGGUUUUCCUCCGUGGCUGGGAAGGCAUUCGAUGCCGGUGCUCGGUUUCCCCUUGCCUGGUGCUUGCAACAGCUCUUCUACGCGCCACCGCGAGGAUCCAAGCUGGUCGGCCUUCUGCGUGAGGGUGCCGCGACGAUCAAAAGCAAGACGCUGAUAGUGUGGGGAAUGCAGGAUGCGACUCACCGUGGAAACUUUCAGCGGGAGUUGAAGGCGCCCUCCUUCUCUCGCUAUGUCUCGGGAGGUGUCUCUCAUCAAUACUUCGAAGAGUCUGCUCACUUUCCGGAGCUUCAGCACCCGCAACGCUUUGCCACUGCUGUCUUCGACUUCUUAGAAGAAGCGGGUAGCGAGCCGCUGGUGGCCCUGAGUGCCAGCUUCGAGGCCCUGGCGGGUAAUCCGCUGCGGCCAUGCCUCUGCCUCCAACCGGAAGAUGAUGCGAGGUGGACCAUCCGGCUGCUGCCCACCUAUUCUGCAGAUCUGUGGCCGGUGCGUGUGUUGGGGCCGGACCGAAACGCCGUCCGCCCCGACCGGGCUCUGGACAAUGGCGGAGUGCCUGCCACCGCCCACUACAACAGCUGCGUGCUCGAGGAUGCUCGCAUGCGGCAGCAUCUGGAGACCUUGCACUCCAGCCUUCAGCGGUUCACGGCGCUGCGCGACGGGAUCCAUCUUUUGAAACGAUGGGCCCAGUGCUGCGGCUUCCUGGCUGCGGCUUCCGAUCGGGCCGUCUCAACUCCGGUCAGCGGCUUUCUCCUGUCCAUGUUGGCGGCGCACGCGGCGAACACCGCCGGCGUGGCCCCGAUGCAGACGUCGUCCUUUCAGCUCUUCAAGCUGACGCUGAGUGUGCUGGCAACAACGGAGUGGAAGGAGCAGAAGGUGACCUUCGGUGUUGCCGGGGCCGCCAAGCUUUCCAGCGCGGAGGCGCAGGUUGCCAGCGCUCACUUCUACGAUGCCGAGGGUGCCGUGAAUUUCCUUUACCGAGUCGGGCCAGUCGUGGAGGAGCUGCAGUGGGAGGCCAAGCGGGCCCUCCGUGCGAUGGACUCCCAGGCCGACCCUUUCGAGAUGGUCUUCGGCUGCCAGGCCACGCCAGAGUUGGCGUGGGAUCUCUGCCUCAGGCUACCUCAACUUCCGAGCACGGCGAUGUGCCCAGAUCUGAGGACGGAGGCGCCGGCUGGCGAGAUUUCCCCUAGCUUUCCAGCUGACAUGCCCGAAGCCCUGGCAACCGCAGAGCACUUGCGGUCCGUGCUGCUUGCUGGCUUGGACGACCGCUGUGUUCGCUCGGCUUUGCGCUGGGUGGGAAACCUCCAGCCUCGCUGGACAGAGCGGCCGCCGGAGACCGGCCCGGCGGUGCUUGUCGGCUUGAUCUUAGCUCCGGAACACCUGGAGCGCAUGGUGGACCGCGGGCCAUCCGCCCAGGACGCCGCAGCGACGAAGUUUCGUCAGCUGUGGGGUACCGAGAAGAGCGAGCUGCGGCGCUUCAAGGACGGGAGCAUCUUGGAGUGCGUGGUUUGGCAGAAGCCUCCGGCGGAGAGGACGGUGGAAACUCGAAAAGAGCCGGCCGUGGUGACGCAGAUCGUGCAACAUCUGCUCACACGGCAUCUGCCAUCUCAGCUGGCGCCGAAGACGGACAUCAUCUCGGGACCUACCGGCUUCGUGCCGAACCUCGCCGAGAAGGACCGUCGACUGUGGGCUGCCUUCGAGACCUUUCGCACGCACCUCUGCCAGCUGAGCUCGCUUCCGCUCGCUGUGAAGGACAUCCACCCGGUGGAUGCCUCCUUCAGCUACAUGUCCAUCCAGUCCGCCAUUGCGCCCCCAGCGCCAUCGGGCAGCGAUGCCAAGCUGCGGCGGACGCUUUUGGAUACCGUGCUGGAGUUUGAGUCCUCUGGGCGAUGGCCGUCCGAGCCGGCCCCGGCACAGAAAGUUGCAGCCGCACUGCUGCUGCAGAUUCGAGAGGAGCUUUCGACAGACCUGGGCAUCGAAGCGGAUGCCACGGAGGGCUUUCUGGAUGUGCGCUACCCGGAGACGGUCUUCCGUCUGCGCAUCUUCCACCCGCACGAGCUGCAAGAGGUGGCCAACAAGGUUACCGGACUACAGGCUCAGAGCUCUUCGCUGCCCGGCGAGACGGAGCUGGAAAGACUCCGCACUCUCUGGUGGCGGCCACGGCUGCGCGCUUCUUUGCACGCGCAUGCGCUACAAAAGCCAGCGAUGGCUGGGGCGGCCCGGCUCUUCAAACGCUGGAUGGCCUCGCAGAUGAUGUCGGGAUACGACGAGUUCUGCGAGCACCUGGUGUCUGCAGUUUUCCUUCAUCCGGCACCCUUCGAUGCGCCAAGCAGCCCUCACGUCGGCUUCUGCCGCGCUCUCUGGCUGCUGGAUACCUUCGACUGGCAGCGGGAAGCGCUCAUCAUCGACAUCGAUGGAAAGCUCACAGAGGAGGAGCGUUUGGGCCUCAGGCAGUCCUUUGAGAACCACCUGGACACUGCGCAGAAGGAUGCCAGCCUCCUGCGCUUCUGGGUCUCCACUCGCCUCGAUCCCCACGCGCUGCUUCUAGCCACGCCGCCGUCCACCGUGGCCGGUUGGCUGAGGCGCCGGGCGCAGGAGGCUCUACGAAGCUUUCACGUGCGCCUUUUAGGCCGGGAAGGUAGCUGGCGCCAAGUCUUCGAGUUGGACACGACCGCCUUUGAUGUGGUGCUGCAACUACUGCCGGCACUGGAGGUUGGCAGCGCGCCUGCUGUGACCCAAAAUGGGAAUGAGGCAAGGUGA